CUAGCUUUAAUGUUGCCCCGUGUUUACUACAGUAUUGGUGUAAAGGGGUCGUUAGUUUUUUUACAUGCGGUGAGCUGCUCAGCAAAAUAAAGAUUUUUAGGUUUUAUUUUAAAGAAGCAAGUUGUUCUGGAUUUCAGUAUGCCCAAGAGAAAGCAACAGGGAACUGAUGGGGAUGUAAAGGAAGAGCCCGGUGUGCUUGCACCUUGGCAGAUUCCUAUUAUAACACCGGACUUACCAGGUAGUAGAAAAGAACGCUUCUCUGCAGAGGAAACGGAUCUGCUUGUAUGUGAAGUGAAAGCGCGCGAGCAGAAAAUCUACGGCAACGGCAGUAUUCCACCAAAGCUCCCUGAGGUGAAGCAGGCAUGGGAGGAGGUAGCAGCAAGUGUGUCCUCGUCUUCUGGCAUCACCAGAACGGCUGCACAGUGCCGAAAGCGGUACAAUGAUGUUAGGAGACGGGGGAAAAAGCUGGCCGCUCAACGUAAACGACUACUGGAAACGGGAGGAGGACCAUCUACAAAAACUGAGGAUGUGACAUCAGCGGAGGACAUCACUGCCUUUACCCUCAGUGAUGAAAACAUUGAGGGUUAUGGGGGGAUAGAGGUGGGCUUCCAAGCUCCGCUGGCUGAAGAUCCUGAGACUGGACCCAUUAAGCAGGAGCCGGAAGCAGUUGUGGAGGAAGAAUUGAUGGCAGAGCAACCGUCAACAAGGUCCAGUGGAGAGAAGAGCCAACCCAGAUCGCGACGCGGGAAUAUCAUCCGGCAGGAGGACCACCCAUUCCUGGAACUCCAGCAGGCUGGAUUCAACAUGCUGGAGAGAGAACUGGGUGGAAUCAUGCGGAGUGUUCGGCGUGUGAAUACCCGCCUGAGCCGCAUUGAGAUGUUGCUUCGGCCCCUCGGACGUAUCGCGGACAAUCUGGGAAGGCUCGCUGAAGCAGUUGAGCAUUUUGUUGCUGCAACACCACCUCCUCUGACUACCUGUUCGCCUCCAUCCACCCGAUCCAGCAUGAGCACAUUGCCCCCAGAUGCUCCUGGACCCUCCCGUGGACAGCCCCGUCGUGGUGCUCCCCGCCUGCGAACCCAAGGAGGAAGAAUACCACCAGUAUAAGACCCUGUUCAGGAAUGUGGUGCAAUGAAAAUAAUUAAUGAUCUUUUUUUUAGUUUCUUAUAGCUUUGGUUUCUUUAAAAUCAUUUUGCUCAGCCAUGCAAUAACCAGUAAAAUUGGUGGGUUUUUACUUUCUGAAAGUAUGAAACCUGACUAGUAUAAUCUCAAAAAAGUUUUUAAAAAUAAUUUGCAAAAAAUAUUGUUCAAAAUUGUUUUAGUCAUAUCAAGAUGUAAAAAAAUCAUUAUACACAGUGAAUCCCUGCAUUUGAAAAACAUUUGUAAAAUGCAGUGUGAUUUAAAAUGUCCAAAUAAAUGCUAUAUUCGGA